CAGAUUGUAGCAUACCCCCACCCCUCCAACAUACCAGUUAAUAAAAUGCGUUUGUUGUUUUGGUCGCUGCUGGCGGCACUUUGUCUGCAGCAUUGUGUUUUGGCCGAUGUUUCGCAACUGGUUCGGUCGGGCAAUGGGUUUGUGUACGAUGUGCCCAAGGUCCAUGAGCUGCAGCUGGAGCUGAACAAUGAAUUUCCCACUGGUGAUGAGUUUCCCCAGGACGCCAUACCCGUUGCACCCUCCGAUGCGGAACUGGGUCUGGCCGAGGAUCUGCCCGAGGUGGUGGCUGCCAGCCAUGAUAGCGCUGCCUAUGCCUCAUCUAAGGGUCAUGGCUAUGCCUAUCGUGUGCCGAGCAGACGCUUCAUCGAGCGUUAAACCUUUAUUAAUUUAUAUACCUAUAAAUUUCUUUGUACCAAAGUUCAAUCACAAUAAAAACAACAAAAGUUAGA